ACUAGUAAGGUCAACAUGACCAAAUCAAUACCGAUCCCUGUCUCACUAUUGCACAAGUGUGUUAUAAGCCAACAGACCAAAGAUGAGACGUCUGAUUUUAUUAUCCAUUUUAAUAUGUUUUCAUUGCAUUCUGAAAAAAUGUUUAUGCUCAUCAGAACAAGACAAAGUUCUGUCCAUCACCGCUAUGACACAGGAGCAAGUGAAUCUACUGCAGAACAUAUCCAGCCAUAAUGAGACGUCGCUGUGGCAGCCUGCGUCUCCCAGUCACAUCACAUCAAACACACCGGUCCAUCUGUACGUCCAGUCCAGCAGUGUGACACGAGUCACUGAGCUGCUAAACACACACGGAUUGUCCUUCAGCGUUUUGCUGGAGAACACGCAGGAACUGAUCCAGGAACAGACCCGAAACUCCACGACAGAUCCCAAGAGCGGGGGCACGACUUAUGAACGAUAUCAGUCAUUAGAGGACAUUUAUUAUUUGAUCAAUAAAACAAACCAGGAGCAUCCAGACAUGACCAAACUUAUUCUAAUUGGCUCGUCAUUUGAGAAAAAUCCACUUUAUCUCUUAAAGCUGUCAGGAAGACGAGGCCCGGUGGAUAAAGCCAUGUGGAUGGACUGUGGGAUUCAUGCCAGAGAGUGGAUCUCACCUGCUUUUUGCAUUUGGUUCAUCAAAUAUGCUCUUACCUUUUACAAGGAAAACCCUGACAUCACUACAUUGUUGGAUAAGAUGGACAUCUACAUCUUACCAGUCAUGAAUCCAGACGGUUACAAGUACACCUGGACAACGAAUCGCAUGUGGAGGAAGAACCGAUCGGUGAUGGAGGGCAGUUCGUGUGUCGGAGUCGAUCUGAACAGGAACUUCGAUGCCAACUGGUGCACGACGGGAGCAUCCAGCAGUCCCUGUUCUGAUAUUUACUGUGGGCGGUAUCCGGAGUCCGAGCCAGAGGUGCAAGCUGUGACCAAGUUCUUACGUGCCCACAAGGCCUCCAUCAAAUUGUUCUUCUCCAUGCAUUCCUACUCGCAGAUGCUGCUCUUUCCGUACUCCUACACUCACGAGCAGAUCCCAAACCACUCUGAGCUGUUUGAACUUGUCCAGGAGGCAGCCAUAAAGAUACGUCGGCAUUACAAAAACAAUUACCGUUAUGGUUCUGGAGCCAAAACGAUAUAUUUAGCUCCUGGGGGAUCAGAUGACUGGGCCUAUGAUCAAGGGAUUUUAUACUCGUUUACCUUUGAGCUGCAGGACCGUGGGAGAUACGGCUUUCUCCUUCCUCCAAACCUGAUCACCGUUGCCUGCAAUGAAGCCCUUGCAGCGGUCAAGACCAUAGCUAUUCGUGUCCUAGAGAAACUUCAAUAAAUCAAUGCUUCAGACUUUAUUUUACAUUUAUGAGGUUCUUAACAGCUAGGGUUCUCACUGCCUUAUAUAAUUUUAUGUCAUUUCUUCUCUUAACACAUUUCAUUCAUGAUAAAUACCACCGCUAACAUGGACUGUGUGUGUUGGAGAAGGAAAAGCCUCAAACUGUGCUGUGCAGUGGUUCACCAGGUUUAUCUAUACUAUGGUAAUCUUCCAAUAAUAUUGUAUUCCAAUACUACUAAUAAUAUUACUGUUUGUAAUACACCCUCACUGACUUCCCUUUAUUUGAAUCAAAUUAGUCGAAUGAGAUUUUGGUGAUCUCACAACCAAGUCUUCAUUGGCACAAAUUUCCCAGACUUUUCUUAGUAUUAGUAUCUUGUAUUGAAAUGUUGUGGAUGUUAUUUGUUAUAAAAUAUAAUAUGUUCAGAUACUGGACAUACAUAAUACAAUUUCACGUGCUUCAUUUCCUAUUAAUCAUCCAUUUGGCAAAAGAAAACAAUAAAGCAAAUAAAAAAACGUUUAACCAA